CGUCACAUUAGUAACUACUAAGACUCAAGAAGAAGAAUUUAGUAUUUAAAGAAAGGUGUUGGCAGACUUGCUCUAUUCUAUCACGUACGAUCCUCGACCCCGCCACAGAAUUGACUCAGCGGAAUAAUUGAUAACCACGGCGCAGGAGUCAACUAGAGUAACUAACCAUCUACACCUUACGAUCACUUACAAUCUACACCUAUUAAGCGGAUUGCCUAUCUACAGAUCUCACGCCAUAUUCAUCUCGAGCAAUUGAAUUGCUCGUGUCAGGACUCUUGAAUAAAAACCCAUCCCCACUUGGAGGGGUAAUCGAAACCAUGCCGUCAGAGAUCAGCGAACAGUUCGACUCGAUCGAAGAUACGAUCCAAGCAUUCAAGAACGGGGAAUUCAUCAUCGUGCUCGACUCGCAGGAUCGCGAGAAUGAAGGAGAUCUGAUCAUUGCCGCCGAAGCGAUUACGGAUGCGCAGAUGGCCUUCCUAGUGCGCUACACGAGUGGUCUUAUUUGCGCCCCCCUCACCUCCACGAUCGCAACCCGCCUCGCCCUCCCGCAGAUGGUAUCCGAGAACGCCGACCCAAAGGGUACGGCAUACACUGUUUCCGUGGACGCGGCAGACGCCUCCGUGACGACGGGGAUCUCAGCCCAGGACCGGGCGUUGACCUGUCGGACGCUCGCUGCGGGGGAUGCCACCUCCGCCGACCUGCGGCGUCCGGGGCAUAUCCUCCCGCUGCAGGCUAAGGAGGGCGGCGUGCGUGAACGCAGGGGACACACGGAGGCGGCGGUGGAUUUCUGUCGGCUGGCUGGUAAGUCGCCUGUGGGGGUCAUUGCUGAGCUGGUCGAGGAUGGCGAGCUGGUUGAGGGCGUCGCUGCGUUGGGCGGGGAUAACGGUAUGAUGCGCCGGGAUGGCUGUUUGCGCUUCGGUAGGAAAUGGGGGCUCAAGGUCUGCACUAUUGAGGAUCUGGUUGCUUACCUUGAGAAAACGGAGGGACCGCUCCUUGCAAAUGGGAAGCAUUGAUUUUUUUUUUUUUUUUUCUUCUUUUUU